UAGUAAAUGUUUGUUAUGAUUGCUGUCAGCUGCCUUCUAUUCACAUGAUUACAAUACGUUAACUGGCCACCUUUUCGAUAUAUAUAUAAAUAACAUAAAUACGUUACAGUUCUAUGUACUUAUACUUUACAACGCACAGGUUAUGUUUGUGCUCCUCUAGUUUGCUUAGAGUUCGGAGGAUAAUAUUAUUGCUCUUUUAGCAAUUAGCUUCCGGUUAGCAGCUAGCUAUUCAAAAAUGCUAUUUUACCAAUGAAUGUCGUGUUUAUAGUUUGUAAACAUGGACAGGAUCAUUAAAGACGUCGGUGAUAUCCAGUCCCGACUGUUUGACCACAGACCCAUUGUCAAUGCAGAGAUCCGCUAUUUUGUCAAAGAGUUUGAGGAGAAAAGAGGACACAGGGAGACUAGACUGCUGGAUAACCUCCACAAAAUGGUGCACGAAACAAACGAGCAAAUGCUUCCUGAAGAUUUGGAAGGCAUGAAGCAGCAGCUGUCUGACGUCAUUGGUCGAUUGGAGGCUGCUAAUCACAUGGCAGAAAGAAUCCAGCAGAGGGAGCUAAAAGCAGAGCAGAGUGUCCAACUGCAGGAAAACAUGGAGCGUAUGAAAGAAGAGUGGGCAGACUUCCUGAAAGAGCAGCAGAGGCUAAAGGAAGAAGUGGAAGAAGAACAUGCCAAGGCUGUGGGACAACUCAGCACUCAUUACAGUGAGAAAAAGAAGGAUCUGGAUAAGUUAUUAUUAGAUGUUUAGCGAUGCAAAGUGAUCCACACAAACCUUAAUUGUCAGUUCAGCAUUAUCAGAAAAAAAAAGAUCUUUUUAAAGUUGUCCAUUUUUUUUUUUAAAUUGCUAUCAUGUAAUUAUAUUUAAUUUCAAUUAAAAUGGCGGGUUAAAACGUUUUUUAAAUCUGGGGGGAAUCACUUUGACAACAUUUUUUGGCAUGCUUCAUCCAAAGGAUUGCAGUAUAUUUUUUAUUAUAGAAUUAUAUUUAAGUUUUCUAGCGUAAGAUGACAUUUAAGUUGAUGAAACUGUAAGUCACCAACCUCGCCACUAGGUGGUGCAAGUACACUGUUAAUGUGUUUGUCCUUUACAGGGUAAUAGAUUAAAUGAGACUAUCCAGA